GGGGUGGGGCAGACGAAAUAACGAAAUGACGAACGCAUCAGUUUUGCAGUGCAGUUUGGUGAGGGUUUGUUAACUGGGAUUAGGCACGCCAUCGCUCGAUAUAUAGCGGCGGGCCAAUGCGUUAAGCCAAAAUGACGUAAGCUCUCGCACGAAUAUGUCAACAGCUCAACCGAAACUUGGCCAGCGUGUACAAGUAGCGGGCAAGCAUCAACUUAGCGGCCGUGUCGCCUAUGUGGGGCGCACCACAUUCGCUGGCGGCCAGUGGUUCGGUAUUGUGCUGGACGAGCCGCGUGGCAAAAACAAUGGCACUGUCCAUGGCAGCACCUACUUCAAGUGUGCGCCCAACUGCGGCCUCUUUGUGCGUGCCCAGCAGCUGCAGCCGUUGCUAGGCUCGAGCCCCAUGGACGAACUCAAGCGCAAACAGGACAAUAAUCGCACAACGGAGAGCAUGCAACGUGAAACGAACAAACUGAAGCUGACCCACAGCAGGCAGCGCAGCAGGCAGACAGCAGCAGCAGCAGCAGCGGCAGCGGCAGAAGAACAGAGGGAGGCGAGCUCAUCAGCCGAGCGCUUGAGCAGAAGGCCACCAGAGAAUGCAACUUUUACCAUGACUACUUCCAAGACUUGGAUAACUUCCACACAGCUGCAACCACAAGCGCCACCAAAGGAACCAGAUCCAGAGCCAGAGCCAGCGCCUUUGGUGAAGCAGCAGAGGGCAAUGCAGCCUGAGUCUAUAACUUCCACACAGAUCGUUCAGCAGCAGAAGGAAACACAGAGUAAAUCAGCAGAGGCUCAGGCUCAGGCUCAAGCUAAGACUCCGGCUAAGGAUCAGGCUCAGGCUAAAUCUCAGGCUAGGGCUAAGGCUCAGGCUCAAGCCCAGCCCCAAGCUGAGGCUCAGACUCAGGCUCAAGCUCAGGGCGAGACUCAGUCCCAGGAACAAGCUGAGGAUCAAGCUCAAGCUAAGAGUCAGGCAAGGGCUAACGCUCAGGCUCAGGCUAAGGCUCAGUCCCAGCAACAGGCGCAGGCUCAGUCCCUGCAACAGGCUCAGCUUCAAGCUCAGGCUAAAUCCCAGGCUCAGGGCCAGCACCAAGCUGAGGCUCAAACCCAGUCACAAGUUCAGGCCCAGGCCCAGGCUGAGGCUCAGUCCCAGCUUCAGGAUCAGUCCCAGUCCCAGUCCCAGCCACAGCAACAGCCCCAGCUACAGUCUCAGUCUCAGGCAGCUCGAGCCCAGUUCGAGCGGGCCGCUGUCCAGUCAUCCGUAUUGACGCCACCGGCCAUGACCUGCAAUCAGCGACGCUCCACAUCCUAUACACAGCUGCGGCCGACGCGCAUCAGCCAGCCCAAGCCGACGACGGCACAGGCGCAGAGCACCACGGCGCAGCUGACGCUGGCCAUGCCCGUGCCGCUGGCGCUGGCGCCCAAGCGCAGCAAGACGAGCAUGAGCCCCACGAGCAGUGUGAAGCGGGUGGCGCCCGCUGCAUUUGUGGAGGCUGGAUUUCUGGAGAUUUUGCGGCCGCAGUUUACGCCGGGUCCGGCGCUGCGCACGCCCAGCACUGUGGCGCCACCUAUGGAGAGCGCCGAGCUGCGGCAGCUGCGCGAGGAGUUGCAGCUGCUGCGUGUGCAGCGGAGCGAGGACAAGCUGAAGCUGCUGGAGCUGGAGCGCAUCAAGAUCCACAACGAACAGCUGCUGGAGUUCAAGUCGCAGAUCAUGACGCAGCAGGUGCUGCUGCAGCGCGAGUUGCAGCGCUGCCGGCACGAGCAGCGCGAGUCGCUGGAGCUGACGGCCAAAUACAAGCGGGAGCUGGACGACGUGGCCGAGAGUGUGGAGCUGCUGACACUGGACAAGGAAAUGGCCGAGGAGCGUCUGGAGACGCUGCAAAUGGAGCUGGAGACGCUGCAGGAGCGCAACGAUGAGAUCAGCCUGGAUCUGGAAAUACUGCGUGCCGAGCAGGAGCAGGACCACAACGAAGACCAAUGCCUGGAGAAGACGGAGAAGCAAUCGACGAACACGACGACGCUGCAGUCGACGGGCGAGUUCCUGCGCCUCGAGCAAUAUAACCAGCGACUGCGAGAGACGGUGGUCCGACUGCGAGACACCCUGGCCCAUGAGAAGCAGCUGGCGCAGCGCACACACAAGGAGCUGGAGACGAAACACUCGGAAAUCAACGAGCUGAAGAGCAUCAAAGAGCUGCAGAGCCGACGCGUCGAUCAAAUGGAAAUGCAGCUGAUGGACCUGAAGGAGCAGGUGGAUGCUUCACUGGGCGCUGAGUCCAUGGUCACGCAGCUGGCCACGCUCAAGCUGGAGCUGGAGGAGCGUGUGAAGCUGCUGGAAGAUGAGGUCUCCGAGCUGGAGGCGCUGGAACAAAUACAGGAGCAGCUCAUAGAGAGCAACCAGGAGCUGGAAUCGGAUCUGCGGGACGAAAUUGACAAGCUCAACGGCCAGGUGAAGUCGCUGGAGCAGCAGAAGAACGCCGCUGUGGAAAGCCUCUAUGAUCGUGAUGUGACCAUAUUGAAGUUUAGAGAUCUGGUGCGUCAGCUCCAGGAGCAGCUGCAGCUGAAAUCAGACGGCGGCAAUCUCUCCAUCGAGGACUUCAGCAGCGCCAAUGAAUCGCAGCAGGAGGAGACCUCCCAGCAGAGCCUGGCCGACUACCAGCACAUCUUCAGCGUGAGCAAGGCCUAUGGACGGGCAUUGGAGCAGCAGCUCAAGGCUGUCGAGCUGCGACUCGAGCGCCAGCAUCUGGAGCACGUGCUGGCCUUUGUGCCCGAACAGUUUCUCCUGCGCGGCGGUGAGCACGACGUGGUGCUGGUCAUGCUGCUGCUGGAGCGCAUGAACGACAAGCUGGAAAUCGUUUGCCAGGCCAUCAAUGAGAAGUUUCCGAAUGCCUGCGAGUUCGGUCGCGAUGCCAUCUUUGAGGGCUACUCCGUGCAGCGUUACAUCUUCCGGGCGCAGUGCAUCUACUUGCUGAAGAGCCUGCAGCUCGUGCUGCAGCAGUUCCGCUACGGGCUCAACCACUGCGACUACGAGCUGUGCACGCACGCGGCCAUCUAUCGCAUGGAUCUGGAGGCGCAGGAGCAGCAGCUGGAUGAGUUUGUGCGGCUGCUGAAGACGGGUCAGCUGGACGAGCAUACGAAUUGUGAGCCCAUACGCCGAGUGCUGCACUACAUCAAUGGGCUGCACCAGAAUCUGAUGCCGCCGCAGACGCUGGUGGAUCUGCUGGACGAGCAGCAGCUGUAUGGCGCCCUGAUUGAGGUGUACGAGGCGGGCAUGGAUUCGGUGAAUGCGAAUGCGGGCAUGCUGCACACCAUUAUACAGCUGGGCGAUGAGCAGACCGCCUCCUUCCACUGCAUGCAGCUGCUCAUGGAGCACAGCUGCGCGGCCAAGCAGAAGCUGAAGAAGCUGCAGCGCAAGCUGAGCUCCAAUAAGACCGCCGCCGCCUGGACGGGCAUGCAGUGUGCCCGGUACCAGCGCAUACUGGAGGCCAACGAGGCCCUGGGCGCGCUCAUCAGCAUGCUGGGCGUGUCCGCUCGAGAGGCGACCAAGGAGUCCAAUGGGGGCAUAGCGCACGAGAAGCUCUGGCGCAUAUUGAGCCUGAACUACAGCAAAUAUGCACCUGCGCAGGAGACGGAGCAGCGGGAACUGGACGCGUACAGCCAGCGAUGCAUGCAGCUGCUGGAGGAGCAGCUCGAGGAGCUCUGCGCCCUGCUGGAGCCCCGCGAUGUGAACACUGAGUAUGUGCGCCACUCCAGCUCCAAUACGCUGCAGCAGCGCGCCGCCCAAAUUAGGCGGCACUACGAGGACGUCAAGAGCCUGGAGCUGUCUGUGGCCGAGCGGGACAAGGAGCUGAAGGCACUGAAGUACUCGGCCAAGCUGAAGCAACAGGAUUACUCGGAGCUGCAGGUGCGCAAGGAGAUGGCCGAGAAGCAGGUGCAUCGCUUUAGCCACGACUAUUGUCAGACGCUCACCCAGAUGGCCGAGGGCCUGGAGCAGCUGGAGCAGGCCAUGCUCUCCAAGGAGGCGGCCAUGCAGCACGCCCUGAACACACUCAACGACAAGCUGACCGCCCUGGAGCUGGCCCAGCAGUAUUGCCAGCAGCAGCAGCAGGUGGACAGCGCCUGUGUGAGCAGCUCGACGCGCAUUUGCAACCGGGAGCUGAACAUGAUGCAUCAAGCGCUGCGCCAGGAGCGCGCCCUGCGUGUCCAGCUGCAGGACAAUGCGCUCUGCAGGAGCUUUGCUGCCCUGGAGCCGUUGCAUGUGCCGCAGCUGGAGCAGAACGGCGAGCUGGCCCGCCUGGAGGCACAGCUGCGCCGCUUGAAGAACCAGUGGCUGCUCGCCCACCUCGACCUGGGCCCCGCUGGCCACGAGCGUCGCUCCCAAAUCAAGCUCCAGGCCAGUCGACUGCUGCGACAUAUCUUCCAAGCCUAUUGCACACAGAAUCCACAUCGAGCGGCGCCCACGGAUUUUGGCUUAUUCAUCAGCGACGAUCUGAGGCGCGUCCUAUAGGCCAACUUAUAUAUAUACACAUACUUAUAGUAUUAGACUUCAAUUGUAUUACGGCGAAAAUAAUAGUACAUUAUUGUGAUUUGCUGCUUAAACCUAUUAACAGUUAUAGAGUUCGUUUUGUUUGUUAAUCGAAAGCUAAUUAAAUUUGCAGUAUAUAGCGAAAAUAUUGAACAAUUAACAAUCGAGUUUUGUUGCUCUCGAGAAGAAAUAAAAUCUCAAAUAUAA